AAGAAGAAGAAGAGCAAGAUUAGCCUAUUUAUGUGUAGUUUUGUGUUUAGUUAGUGAGGAAAAAAAAUGCCAGAUAUUCAGCUAGGUGCUCACACAGUAAGAUCUCAUGGAGUUCAAGUGUUGAAGAUUCAUUGGCAUGAUUGGUUGAUACUGGUGUUUCUUGCUGGGUUGGAUCUUGGUCUGAACUUAAUAGAACCUUUUCACCGUUUUGUUGGAGAGGACAUGAUGGGCGACCUCAAAUACCCAUUGCAAGACAAUACAGUGCCCUUCUGGGGUGUUCCAAUAAUUGCUGUGUUAUUGCCACUUGGUAUUAUCAUAGUCUACUACUUCAUCAGAAGAGAUGUUUAUGAUCUACACCAUGCUAUCUUAGGUCUUCUGUUUUCCGUGUUUAUAACUGCUGUUAUCACUGAUGCAAUCAAAGAUGCUGUUGGCCGACCGCGUCCCGACUUCUUUUGGCGUUGUUUCCCUGAUGGGAAAGGGGUGUUUCAUCCUGUCACUAAGAAUGUCAUGUGUACUGGCAAUAAGGGUGUCAUCAAGGAAGGGCACAAAAGCUUUCCGAGUGGGCAUACUUCCUGGUCCUUUGCAGGUCUUGGAUACCUUGCACUGUACUUAUCGGGGAAAGUCAGGGCUUUUGAUCGUAGGGGCCACAUUGCUAAAUUAUGUAUUGUCUUUACACCGCUGCUUGUUGCGGCUCUUGUUGGGGUGUCUCGUGUUGAUGACUAUUGGCAUCAUUGGCAGGAUGUUUUUGCUGGGGGCCUCAUAGGAAUAUUAGUGGCUUCAUUUUGUUACCUGCAAUUCUAUCCACCCCCAUACGAUAUAGAUGGUUGGGGACCUCAUGCAUACUUCCGAGUGCUGGAAGAGUCUGGAAACAGCAGCCAACCUUCGUCUUUCGCCAGGAACACUCUUACCGUGCGGCAACCACAACUUGAAACUAUAUGCAUCCAACCUCAACACGGCCAGGAAUCAUCAAGAGUCAAUAACAGGGACAGUCGGCCAGUUCUGGACGGUUUGGAAUAUGGGAGAAGACAAUGACUUUUAAGAUUUUUGACUCUAGAGAAGAACAGAGUUUAGGAGUUGUGCAUUCCUUAUGAUCUGUAGAAUGCACCAAUUUCAUCACCCCGACCAUCUCUGAACUUAAAAAAUGUAGAUUUCAAACCACACCUCUACCUAGUAGUCUGGUCAAUUGAUUCUUUUGUUUGGUGUUGUUCAUAUGCUUGUUCAUGUUCCUUGAGGCAAUAUAUUCAGGUAUCCUCACGGAACAAUUCAUAAAAAGUUUGCCUAAUAGAAGCUUCGAAUCACCAUAAUGGUGAUCUUGCAUCUUAUCUUUUCCUUCUUUUUCCUGCUGUCCUAACAAAAGAAAAAAAGCCAGCCCCAAGACAAACCCUGGUGAUGAGGAAGAAGAUAUGCUUUUUUUUUUUUUUA